UAUCAAUACCAAUCAAAUACAAACCUCAGAAAGAAGGAAUAUACUCAAAAUGUCAGCUACAGAGACAAUCACCCUCCCCUUCAAGGCCCGCACCGCCCGUCGUCUUGCAACCGAGACUCUCCCAAAAGACUUGCCGGCGGGAUUCCCGCAAGAGUUAAAAUCAGAGCUCGUCUGGGAAGGCGCUGAGCUCGAGGGGAAAUAUAAUUGGACUUAUGAAUUGACAGCCAGCGAGGUGGAGGAGAUUGAACAGGGGCUGGCGCAUUUCAAAUCAUUGAAUAAACCCCUGGGAUACAUCACACCCGAAACAUUCCCCCUUCCAACCCUCCACCGUCAACUCCGCUCGAUAUCGCACGAGCUGCACCAUGGCCAUGGCUUCAAAGUGCUCCGCGGCCUGCCGGUGCACGCGCACACUAAAGAAGAGAAUAUAAUAAUCUAUGCGGGCGUGAGUUCGCACGUCGCGGAGAUACGAGGCCGACAGGAUCGGAUCGUAGCCGACGACGGGAGCGUUGUCUCUGAUAUCGUGCUCAAUCAUAUCAAAGACCUGUCGACGCGGCCGGAAGCGCAGGGCCGGAUCGGGGCUCCCGCGUAUACCACCGAUAAACAGGUUUUCCAUACCGAUGCUGGCGACAUUAUCUCGUUGUUUGCGCUGAGUGAGGCGGCGCAGGGCGGGACUAGUCGGUUGGCGAGUAGUUGGAGGGUGUAUAAUGAGUUGGCUGCCACGCGGCCGGAUUUAAUCAAGACAUUGGCGGAGGAUGAAUGGGUGUUUGAUGGAUUCGGGAACAAAGAGAAGCCCUAUACCACACGCCCGCUGCUCUUCCACACCGCGCCAACGGCCUCAGCGCCAGAAAGAGUGUUGAUCCAAUACGCGCGCCGCAGUUUCACAGGCUACCAGUCCCUGCCUCGCUCCACGGAUAUUCCGCCUAUCACAGAGGCUCAGGCGGAAGCGCUGGAUGCGCUGCAUUUCCUCGCGGAGAAGUAUGCUGUUGGUCUUGAUUUCCGGGCUGGAGAUGUGCAGUAUGUGAAUAAUUUGAGUAUUUUUCACGCCCGGGACGCGUUUACGGAUACGCCGGAGAACCAGAGGCAUUUAUUGAGAUUGUGGCUUCGGGAUGAGGAGAAUGCGUGGCCGACGCCGGAUAGGUUGGGGGAUGUUUGGAAACGGGUUUAUGCCGAUGUGAAGCCGGAGAACCAGGCAUUUCCGGAGGAGCCGAGGAUUAGGUCGUCUAGUGAUGGGAAGGCAGGGCAGAAGGGAUACUAGGCUAUGUAGUUUGAAGGUGG